AUGGCGCCCACACACUCGUUGAUUUGCGUCCUGUCGUUCAUUCUGGCAUGUUGGACUCCACUCGUCUUGGGCGCCCCGUGGAUCGUAACCGAUCAUUUUCAGCAAAUCGAAGAAGUGGGUUACGGGUAUGACUAUUCUCGCGACGCUCGAACAUACAUAACCAGGACAACCUAUGAAGAGAUCAUUCCCACCGCGACGUCGCUUCCCGAGGCCAUCUCGACGAAUGUCAUUGUCGCGACAGACCAAUACUAUGAUGAAUCCGUGACCAAGGUCAACAUACUGUACCCGUCUGGCGUGGCGGGCACACCUGUCCCCUUGACCCAGUACGAUGGCUACAACUAUGGCAGCUCUGCGGACUACACCACAACGGUCUGGGUGGUCAACUUGACAUUCUCAGCUCCCACGGGGUGUUCAACCCAAUGGACAACCACCACCGCUGUACAAGUCAAGCCUCCGACCAACGUCGCCAUAACUUUUGUGCCACUUUUGCCCACCACGGCGGCGUCCACGUCUUACAGUGUGGUCAACGACGGAGCCUUCAAGUCAUCCACGUACGUCUAUCAGUACAUCUGGGUAGAUCCGACCCAAGUUCCUAGCGCAUCGCUGGCCUCGCUGAGUGACCUAUACCACCCGAUUUCUAAAUAUGGUACCGCCGACCGCGCCUGCGUCUACGAGGGAUCCAAUUCGGGUUCCUACGAAAGCCCUUACGACCCCAGUUUUGGCUACGGAUACUCAUGGGGCUAUGAGCGUUCAUUGUUGGCCAUUGCGCUAAUUACUCUGUUUGCCUGGGUCGGUUUCUUCUUCAUAUGUGGCAUCAUUGAGCAAUGGUUCCGUUUCCGCCGUCUGAUGAACGGCUGGCAGACCCGACGAGGUAUCCCUUUCUGUUGGGUCCUGACUCUCAUUCCCCUGACGUGUCUUUGUCUGUUCUGUUUCCGCAGAGGGUAUCGUGCUCGGAACGCGCACGAUGCCGCGGUGCUUCAAAAAAAAUGGAAGGCGCUCAGCGCCUGGAAGAAAUUCACUCUUUUCCUCAAAUGGGGAUUCCGGUACAAAUACCCAACCAUCUUGGGCCCUGCACCCCAGCGUGUGAUUCCCAGCAAGCGACCAGGCAAGCAUCCUGGUGAACUUGCAGGUCCCCCACUGUUGGACUCGACCGCAUCCCAGGAUGAUGUGAAUGCGCCCGUCUCACCGGCUCGGUCGUUGAACCAGAGGGCGGCUUCUGAUGCCUCGGGUCCGGAGAUGAGUCAAGCCCAUGCGAGCGAUUCACGCACCGUAACUGGUGCGGCUGCGCCUCUACAGGUGUCUGAAUCCUUGGAGCAUGGCCACGGUGCCGAACAGCAGCUGGUUCCUCCGCCUACCGAGACUCUGCCACAUCACCGCGAAAAUGAUCCUCGUUGA